AGUUCUUUAGAUGGGAAAAUUGCAAACAGCAGAGCUGAAAAGCUUUUUGGUGUCUCACAAGUCGAUUUAAUUGGAGAUAAGCCAGCAUUCUCAGUUGCCUCUCACUGCACAAGAAGAAGGAAUCCUCCUGAGCCCAUUUGUGAGUCCCUGCUCUCAGUGCCUGCAAAACCCAGAGCCCAGGUGCGGAGAAUGCAGAGAAGUGAUCCUGAAAAGAGCAACCCUGAAAGCUGAAUUACUAUGAGAUAUGCAAUAUAUUUUCCUCCUAGAAGUGUGGCCUGAUGCAGUCCUGUAUUUUUCUCCUCAGCAGGAAACCAUGUCCUGAGGCAGCAAAUGUCCAACAGCAGCUCCAUCAGCCACUUCCUCCUGCUGGCACUGGCAGAGACGCGGCAGCUGCAGCUCCUGCACUUCUGCCUCUUGCUGGGCAUCUCCCUGGCUGCCCUCCUGGGCAACGGCCUCAUCAUCAGCGCCGUAGCCUGCGGCCACCACCUGCACACGCCCAUGUUCUUCUUCCUGCUCAACCUGGCCCUCAGCGACCUGGGCUCCAUCUGCACCACUGUCCCCAAAGCCAUGCACAAUUCCCUCUGGGACACCAGCACCAUCUCCUACAAAGGAUGUGCUGCUCAGCUCUUUUUCUUUAUGCUCUUCAUCUCAGCAGAGUUUUCCCUCCUGACCAUCAUGUGCUACGACCGCUACGUGUCCAUCUGCAAACCCCUGCACUACGGGACCCUCCUGGGCAGCAGAGCUUGUGCCCACAUGGCAGCAGCUGCCUGGGCCAGUGCCUUUCUCAAUGCUCUCAUGCACACGGCCAAUACAUUUUCCCUGCCUCUGUGCCGUGGCAAUGCCCUGGGCCAGUUCUUCUGUGAAAUCCCACAGAUCCUCAAGCUCUCCUGCUCCAAAUCCUAUCUCAGGGAACUUGGGCUUCUUGCUGUUAGUGUGUGUUUGGCAUUUGGUUGUUUUGUGUUCAUUGUUUUCUCCUAUGUGCAGAUCUUCAGGGCUGUGCUGAGGAUUCCCUCUGAGCAGGGACGGCACAAAGCCUUUUCCACCUGCCUCCCUCACCUGGCUGUGGUCUCCCUGUUUAUCAGCACUGGGGCAUUUACCUACCUGAAGCCCUCCUCCAUCUCCUCCCCAUCUCUGGAUCUGGCCCUGUCAGUUCUGUACUCGGUGGUGCCUCCAGCCCUGAACCCCCUCAUCUACAGCCUGAGGAACCAGGAGCUCAAGGCUGCAGUGUGGAGACUGAUGACUGGAUGGUCUCAGGUACAUUAAACCACAGGCCAAUUACUGCCAAUCACUUACAAUAAAAGUCAUCUUUCAUAAAUCUUGUUGGUUUCAUGUUGGAGCUUCUUUUUCUUAGUUUUGAUUUUAAAUAUUUAGAUGAAUAAAGAAAUGUCGCUCCUUGUGCCAUUUCUCAUUUUGUUUGCCUCCACCUUCCCUGUGCCCACAGACUGUGUCCAUGAGGGGCUGUGCUCUUCGUGGCUUUAAAGGAACUCAAGGAUCUCCCAGCAGAGUUUUCUGCAGAGAUGCCCUUUUGUUGCCUUCUCUGGAGCUGCAGCAGCAAUGUCUGUGUGCAGAGCUGGGGGCAGAUCAGUGCUGGCACAGCAGCUCUGCUCCUGCUGGCCACACCAUUCCUGAUCCAGGCCAGGAGCCAUUGGCCUUCUUGGCCACCUGGGCACACGGCUGGCUCAUGUCCAGCCUGCUGUCCAUCAGUCCCUGCAGGUCCCUUUCUGCCUGGCUGCUCUCCAGCCCCUCUGUCCCCAGCCUGGAGCGCUGCAGGAGUUGUUGUGUCCAAAGUGCAGGACCCGGCACUUGGACUUGUUAAACCUGACCUUGUUGGAUUUGGGCCCUGGAUCCAGCCUGUCCAGGGCCCUGUGCAGAGCCCUCCUACCCUCCCCCAGAUCAACACUCACAUCCAGCUGUGUGUCAUCUGCAAAGAUGUCCUUGGUUCCAAGGGGCCCCUCAGUGUCACAAUGUCCCUUUGGUUACACCAGGCCCUGCACUCUCACACUGGUCUCCUUGCUUCCAUGGGGCCCCAAAAUGUGACAAUGGACUCCUUGGUUCCAUGGGGCUUCACAGUGUCACAAUGUUCUCGUUGGUGCCGCAGUUUCACAGUGGCCCCUUGGUUCCAUGGGGCCCCAGGGUGUC